CAAAGUGAGUAGCAUAUUGGCAUCAGUUAAUUAGCGUACCGCGACGAAGGUCUGUCAAUCAUUAGGGAAGUGUUUUUUUCCGAAAGCAAGAAGAAGUGUAAGUGAAUAAUUACCCGAGUGUAAAAGCGAUGCGUGUUGAAAUUUGAAUGUGAAGAGAUAGUAAAAGAGAUGGAGGAUGACGGGGAACGUGGCCCCGAUGAGGGUUUCCUAUUGGUACGUAUACACGUGCCUGAGCUUAACGUGCAGAAGUGUCUACAAUUUCCUCGGGACCAACUCGUAUGGGACGUUAAGCAACAAUGCCUUGCCGCACUGCCGAAGGUGGCCAAUUGGUACCGGGAGUUGAAAGAAAGCUUCAAUUAUGGCCUCUUCUGUCCACCAGAGAAUGGAAGAGCCGGCAAAUUCUUGGACGAAGAGCGUCGUCUGGGAGAUUAUCCUUUUAGUGGACCUGUAGGAUAUCUUGAGUUGAAAUACAAACGAAGAGUAUACAAAAUGAUGAAUCUGGAUGAAAAGCAACUCAAAAAUAUUCACACAAGAACCAAUUUACGAAGAUUUUUGGAUUAUGUUUCAAACGGUCAAGUAGAAAAAAUUACGAAAAUGUGCUCCAAAGGCCUCGAUCCUAAUUUUCACUGCCAAGAUUCGGGAGAAACUCCCCUAACGAUAGCGACGGGUACUAAGCAGCCAGCGAAAGUUUUAAUAGCCUUAGUGAACGGUGGCGCGCUUUUGGAUUAUAGGACGCGCGACGGAGCGACGGCCUUGCAUCGAGCGGUAGAGCAUAAGACUUUAGAGGCUAUGAAAACUCUUUUAGAAUUAGGUGCAUCACCAAAUUACAAGGACGGUAAAGGGCUAACUCCUCUUUACUUAACCAUAACCCACAACGUCGACUCGCAAUUUACCGAAACUCUCCUCCACGACCACGCGACGAUCGGUGCUCAAGAUCUGCAAGGCUGGCAGGAGGUUCACCAGGCUUGCAGAACUGGUCUUCUUCAACAUUUGGAGCAUCUCCUCUUUUACGGCGCCGACAUGAACACGAGAAACGCCUCUGGAAAUACACCCCUGCACGUUUGCGCGGUCAACAACCAGGAAUCUUGCGCCAGGCAGCUGCUUUUUCGUGGGGCAGAUCGACAGGCGUUAAACUACGCGAACCAAACGCCCUACCAAGUUGCGGUGAUCGCCGGAAAUAUGGAGCUGGCGGAAAUGAUACAAAAUUUUCGAGCCGAAGAUGUUGUCCCAUUUCGUGGCCCUCCAAGCUAUAACCCGAAGCGGCGGUCUGCCGUAGGUUGGCUGCCUAGAGCCCCUUCAAUGAGCUGUCUUGCCUUACCUCCCUCUCCGUGUCCCAGCGACCGUUCCUCUGUUCCUUUCAGUUCUGCGAGUUCCAGCUUGAGCGAAGGAAGCGUGCCCGCCGGCCACGAGACCGACACCGCGAGCAUUGUGACGGUGCUCGCACUGGGUGUUACAGAGAAAAAUCUAGGAGAUACUAGCGACAUUAUAAGCGAUAGCUCUGGGGUUGGUACAGCAAAUUCGGACACUACAAAUUGCAGCCUAUCCAUGCCCGGUGCAAUUGUGGUCUGCAUCGAAUCCUAUUGUUCGAACUUGGACGGACAUCUCAACAUUCGCGAGGGUGAUAUUAUCGAAAUAACAGGUUCGUCUGAUGACGGCUAUCUUGAGGGAACGAUCAGAACGGGAGGUGGUGGAAAAAGCGGCUUAUUCCCUCAGCAUUGUGUACAGGAAGUUAGGCUGCGACAUCACAACAUACCUGCGCCGAUGAUGAUCGUCGCAAGAGACAGUAAACCGACUCCUAGCAUACCUACCAGCAGUAGCGGCGGGAGUAGAGUGGUUGGUAGGAGGGAAACGUCUGCCAAAUAUUUCGCUACGGCUCCAAGGCUUAAAAAAAUAUGCACGGGAUUGCCAGCGGAACCAAGAACAGUAAUCCUUCAUAAGGGGCGCAAAGGUUUUGGAUUCAUUCUUCGCGGUGCCAAAGCAACGUCACCUUUAAUGGAACUCACGCCCUCAGAAAAGUUUCCCGCAUUGCAGUAUUUAGACGACGUAGACCCUGGAGGCGUCGCCGAUAGAGCGGGAUUAAGGAAAGGCGAUUUUCUCUUAGAAAUUAAUAACGAAGACGUCUCGUCCGCGUCACACGAACAUGUGGUGGACCUAAUCAGGAAAUCGGGCGAUUUGGUUUCCAUGACCGUCGUAUCUUUAGGGACAACGCAAAUGACCAGUAUGUUACCUAGCAGCAAGUCAACGGUCGCACUUCCUGGUGGUACUAUGGAAGUACCGAUAAAUAGGCAAUGUGCUACUUUACCGCGCAAAAUGAAUUAUCAAUCUGGGAACUACGGGAAUAUCAGUCGUGCCAUACAUGCCCCCCUGCCUCCUCGAAGAGAUCCUAAAACUACUUUAACUGUCGGCAGAGCCAGAGCGAAGAGCAUGGUUGCGGGAUUGGAAGCAGGCGGAGAAAAGGAAGAUAAUGAUGAUAUGACCAAGUCCAGUUCCGCAGAGUCGAUACAUCAAUUAACUCCAAACAAUUCCACUUCUUCGCAACCGAGGACAGCCUCGAUCCGUCAACGCCCCACUUCUAGUCGUAUUACAACUGCAGAGUUACAGGAACUUUUCCAAAGACAGCGAGGGGAGAGUGGUAGUUUAAUGUGCAGCUCGCAUUUCCAAAGCAAUUCCAACGCUCCAGGAUCCCCUGCUAAAUCAAGUUCGAGUCGUGUAUAUGCUAGUGUAGCCGAAAUGAAACGAAGUAAAAGUAAGAGCGCGAAAGUUCGUUUCUCGCAACUUUUCAAUGUGGGAAGCGAGCUGCGAAGAAAUUUUCACAGCACACCCGACUUGGCCAACCAAGAGAUAUUUUUAUCAAAUGGAUUUUCAUUUAAAGGCCAUCGUAGUCAAGAGGAUGUUACCGUGCAUGGCGCCAAUAGAAAUACUUUACCUCCCCCAAAUCACCCUCCCCCUCCACCACCCAUAGGACAAUUAAUUAAGGUCGAUAUUUCGCGCGGAUUAUCGUCCGAAUAUAACAAUUUAACCAAUAAAGAUAUCGGCGAAGAAGGUGUAGCAUCUUCAUUUAGACCGACAACUAGCGCUAAAUUAUAUGCUUCACCUGAAGACAUGAAAACUGUUGGUUAUCGAUCUCGAAGUUUACCGUCACAUUCCUCAAGGAAGCAAGUUCGCAAAUCACAUAGCAUGCGCACUAGUUCUACCUUCAAGCCUGUUAACACAUCUACACUACCCGGCAAAAAUAGCAAUCCAUACGCUCAACCUAUAAGAGCUUCUCGUUCGCAUUCUACCGCAGGUACAAGGGAAAGGAAAAAGCGUCUGGUUAGCAAUUCUCAUCCCAACAAUAUGGUUAUACUAUCCCAAACAGGCGCGCCUCCCCCAAUUCCGGAACCGGACUACAGCUGUAGCGGUUCUGAAGGCGAAAGCGAGGAGGAGCACAAGUCACUCAACAAGCUAUCGAACAGGCUAGCCGCGGUGCAAUUGCAUCCAGUUGAAAAUAGUGGAAACAGCAACACUAGUGGCAGCAGUUCGGGUAGCAGCUCCGUGCCGCAUAGUUUCAGCGUGGAAGAAAUUCAGCGAGGGCGGACGAUGUUAAAGUCAUCCAAGUCGUAUCCGGAUGAUUUCCUGAAGAAAACUAGGGAUAGUAUAGUUGAAGACGCAGACAAUAGUUCUUCAGGUGUGAGUUCAGAUCAAGAUGUACCUAUUGGACCUUUGGAUUAUACUGACAAAAUUUCUCACGAACACAGCAGCAUGACGUUACCGUCACCGAAAACGCAAAGGCAGUUAACAGGAUUGUCACGCAAUGCAGUCUCGUUAGCUCAGCUGCCGCCACCGAUCGAAGCCGACUCCGACGAGAAGGAAGAAUUCUGCCUACCACCACCGCCCGAGUUCGACAUGAAGGCGGGCGUGAGUCACGCCGCUCCGGAUACCGUACUAGCCCCGCCGCCCCAGUUUAGUGAUAAUAGGCAAAUGGCCAAAGUUCGUAUAGUCGGUGCCGUUCCGAAAGGAGCGGUCCCGCAGACGAAACUAAAACAAGGUAGAUUACAUAGUCAAUGAUUUUGUUACUAAUUGACAACAAGUCAGCCGAAAUUGUAAAACAAUUGCAGCCAAGUUGUCUACUUUCGAGAUUAUUUUAUAUGUGGUUGGAAUGCGCACUACCAAAUGAAAAUCCGUCACAGUUAAUUAGAAUCGUCCUGUCAGAGUAAUUACUAUUUUUGUGCUUGGUCUGUAUUUUGGAUGUAUAAAAGGAUAUAGUCAAUGUAAGUGCCAAAAUGCGAAUGAUAAACUGUUAUUGUUUAUGCAUGCUUUUCUCUAUUUACGGUGCCUAUACAAGUUUCUUUGACUUGACAAAGCCCCGAUAAAAGAUUAUCAUAUACCUGGGAUGGGAGAUGGGUUGAUGUUCCGUUGUAGAAGGAAUUCUGAGAUAGUACAAGUUCAUUUUUUGAAUGUGUGAUAUAACGUAUUUUUAGAAUGGAAGAAGUUGUGCUCAAAUGUGGCAUGCUUGCCUAUAUAUAGGUAAUACCUUGUGUAAAUGGUCGUAAUAAUUUUUAAUUAAUCAACAAUGUUUAUGUGUACAUAUUACUCUUAGUUUAAUAACGUGGGACAGUUUCUGUGUGACUUCCGUUAUACGAAAACUGGCAGUUGCGUUUUCUGUUAAAACUAUACAACUAAAUAGUAUUAACGGAAAAUCGAGGUUGGCGGUGAAAUAAUCCGAGUACUAUUCUUUUGUUAUUUUGAAUAGGCAAGAAAUAAUAUGCAUGAAGGGGAAAUUCAUAUUUUGUGUACCUUAUCUCUGUGAUGGUUGUUGGUGUAUCAGAAAUAAUAGACUGAGAAAGAGUGGAAGUGCAAUAAGUAAGCUUGUAAAUUAUUAUUUAUUUAUGUUAUAUAAACACUAAUAGUGGUUAUUUCUGAUUCAUCUUUACCUGCUGAAAAAGUAUUGUUCCAAAAAAUUUAGCUUUAUAAUUUGAGGAAUGGGAAGAAUUUAAACAUACGUGUAAGUUUUAGACAAGUAAUAUAGAAGUACAAACGGCCGUUGUGGUGCACCAAUACGGAUACUCUUACAUGUUAUUUAAAAAACUCGUAUUAAGACAGCUGUUAUUGUUAAUAAUGCAUAUUAUAGCAACAUCGUCGUUUUUUUACUACUUUACUACUAUGAAAAAAUUGGUACGUCAUGUGUUUGAUAAUUCUGAGAUAUAGAACAGCCCUUUUGUAAAUACAUUUACUAUUUAAUACAACAUCUAAUGUUA